GCCGUGGGUGAGGGGCGGCAGGAAUCCUAGAAAAGGGAGGGCGGUGGUCCUUGAAUGAGCCAAGGGGAAAUCGAAGCCCACUCACUAGUGAGAAAUUUGCACUGGCAAAGACCUCCGGAACAUUUCAGGCGAUUCCUAACCUCCCCUCUACCCCCACCCCUCCAAUAAUAACGAUUAAACCGCUUCCACCGCGCCUGUGCUGGGUCUCAGGGCAGCGCGAGCCUGCGCGGGGUGGGAAGAGGGGGAGCGAGGGGAGGGGACAAGAGAACUAGCGGUCCCGCCCGGUGAUGUAGGCAGCCCGGGGAGGUGGAGCCGCGACGCCUGGAGUCCCCACAGCAGCCGCGCUCUUGGUCUACCCUACCGAGCAGCCGCCAGCCCCGGCUCCGGCGACCUCCCUGCCGCCGCAAUUUGGGCGGCGGGGACCGCGAGAAUCCCCCCAUUCUGGCGGGGUAGGGGGGCUGCCAUCCCCAGCCCUGCCCUUCCCGGCAUCCCAGACGGCUGGAACCACUCCCGGAGAAAGCUAUUCCUGGCAGCCCGGGCAUCUCCGCGGCCAGCCCAGCUGGGCACCCGGCAUCUGCGAGGCUAGCCCCGCCUGGCACUGGGUAUCUCGGGCACCGACCGUCGCCGGCACCGCCCAGCUUCUCGCGACUCCGGGAUAGAGGGCUUCUGCGCGGCUUCCCCUCCCCCGGACGCCCGACAGGACGCCCGCCAGCCCCCGGAGCCCCCGGCCCCUUCGGCCGCCGCGAUGCUGCCCUGGAGACGGAACAAAUUCGUGUUGGUGGAGGAUGAGGCCAAGUGCAAGGCGAAAAGCCUGAGCCCGGGGAUCGCCUACACGUCGCUGCUCUCCAGUUUCCUGCGCUCCUGCCCGGACCUGCUGCCCGACUGGCCGCUGGAGCGCCUGAGCCGAGUGUUCCGCAGCCGGCGCCAGAAAGUGGAGCUGAACAAGGAGGACCCGACCUACACCGUUUGGUACCUGGGCAAUGCCGUCACCCUGCACGCCAAAGGCGACGGCUGCACCGACGACGCGGUGGGCAAGAUCUGGGCGCGCUGUGGACCGGGCGGGGGCACCAAGAUGAAGCUGACCCUAGGGCCGCACGGUAUCCGCAUGCAGCCGUGCGAGCGCAGCGCCGCGGGGGGUUCGGGGGGCCGCAGGCCGGCGCACGCCUACCUGCUGCCGCGCAUCACCUACUGCGCUGCGGACGGGCGCCACCCGCGCGUCUUCGCCUGGGUCUACCGCCACCAGGCGCGCCACAAGGCCGUGGUGCUGCGCUGCCACGCUGUGCUGCUGGCGCGGGCGCACAAGGCGCGCGCCCUGGCCCGCCUGCUCCGCCAGACCGCGCUGGCGGCCUUCAGCGACUUCAAGCGGCUGCAGCGCCAGAACGACGCGCGCCACGUGCGUCAACAGCACCUCCGCGCCGGGGGUGCCGGCGCCUCGGUGCCCCGCGCCCCGCUUCGCCGGCUGCUCAACGCAAAGUGCGCCUACCGGCCGCCGCAGACAGAACGCGGCCGCGGGGCGCCGCGCCUCAGCAGCAUCCAGGAGGAGGACGAAGAGGAGGAGGAGGAGGACGCGGAGGAGCUCGAGGGAGGAGCCCCCCAGCGCGAGCGGCCAGAGGUGCUGAGCCUGGCGCGGGAGCUGAGGACGUGCAGCCUGCUGGGCGCCCCGGCGCCGCCGCCACCCCCAGCGCAGUCCCGCCGCUGGAAGGGCGGACCCCGGGAGCGCGCCGGCCAGGCGCGCUGAACUCACAGCCUCAGAUACGGCUGCCGCUGCGGCACCCCUGGUCCCCGACCCUACCUCCCUCGUGAUCUCAGUUGUGAUCGCCUCACCCCUCGUCCUGGCUCAGGGUGACACCUGACAUGCCCUUGAUUACUGGGGGGGGGGGGGGUCCCCCCCUCUCUCCUUGCCCGGAGUUUUCCGGGCCCUCCAUUGUGGAAGUGUCCCCGUGCUUUGCACCAAGUCUCUUUGUCCACCCACUUCCCCAAAACAUCCUCUCUGGAGAAUCGGGGAGAAGUUUCUAGAAAUCCAGGAGGGUGAGUUUGAACCCUGGCCCCGGGUGUUGGCAAUAGCCCUGCCCUUGGUUCUCUCUAGUCUUAUUAUAAGAACCACUUGGAGAGGCUCUUUUGUAGGGGAAGAAUCCAGUGGCUGAGGAGAAUUGAGGCCAGGUCCCUGAUGGACACUGAGACUGGGGUCAUGUAAACGGAGGAAUUCUGGACUGCUUGGCCUCUGUACCCGUCGGAGGACUCCUGGGAUUUCACCUCUCUGUCUCUGGAGAAGACUAGGAUGAUCCUACUGAUGUUCAAAGGAUGGGUUAGGCCAGUAACAGCUCUGACAGCUCUGCACCAACCUGGGCCUUGCACUCCCACAGGAUUCCUCACCCACCCCACUCUGCAGACUGAUAAGUGUGGACCACUCUAGGUGCCCCACAACCCAAGAUGGACCUCCAGAGGAGGUAAGGGAACCUUCGGCAGAUGUGUGGAGACAGAUUCCCCAAGCAGAGAUGCCAAGUCAAGGUUCACGGGGCGAAUGUGUCUUGACCCCAGCUGGAUUCACAUGGCAGGAUGAGGGAGGAGGGUGUGUUGCCAGAACAGAGAGAGUGGGCCCCUCCCUAGGAGUCUCCACAAGGCCACCAAAAGUCCAAAGAUCUAUGUGUCACCAACUGAUCAUUGUAAAUAAAGUGGAUGUGCUUUUUCAGCCCUGUCACCA